CUCCAUUUCUACGCUUGCUUGCUUGUGUACGCGUUCAACGGCCCAUGCAAGCUGAAGCUCACCAAGCAAUUAGCCAGACCAAGUCUUCUUAGCAGAAUUCUUCUUUCCAGACGCUCAUUACGCUCUCGAAAUAGAAAUUUUCUUCGAUUGGGGUCGGACAAUGACGAUGGUGUUACCUGCAUCGAUGCCUUGCUCGUGAAAAUGGAGGAUUGCACUUUGGCUCGGAUAGAGAUGAAUUCCGCCACUGAAAUAAGGCCACCGUCUCUUGGUCAGUCCUCCUUUAGAUCUGUGGUGCACCAGCAAAGACUGCGCGCCGCUGCAAGCUUACCCACUGAUUGGUCGAAGCUUCCAAAUGUCUUGGUGUCUCAGUCUGCUUCGCCAAUGGCGAAAAGGCUGUGUCUUAGCAUAUUAUUCGCCUCAUACAUUAUACGGCCAGACUUGUCGAGUAGUAGUCACAUUGAUGACUCUGCCCAAGAUGGGAUGAAGUGCGCGCUUCAUGGAAUUAUAGGAACCAUACGUUAACUCUGCUGAACAGCUUUUCUUCAC